GCGCAGGCGGUGAUCAUGUCUUCACCAAGAAAGCCUGAUACGGACUGGAAUGCUCGAUGGCAUGAUGCGGAGCGAACAACCUGGCACUGUGCAGCUGUGAAUGAACACCUGAUCAAGUAUUAUGACCGACUUCUGGAGGGAGCUAAUGCACACCGGAAACAGUUGAAUGUGUUUGUACCUCUGUGUGGCAAGACUGUUGAUAUGAUGUGGCUAAAGGAGCGUGGCCAUCACAUUCUUGGUGUUGAACUAGUGAGAAAGGCGUUGGACGACUUUGUAUCUGAAAACAAGCUGCCCUCGACGGUAUCUUCUGUGAAAAAUGGUGAUGGAGAGGAGCUUACUCUUAUCAAGGCCGGUGAGAAGAGCUCUAUCUCCCUGUUCCCAUCAGACUUGUUCAAUGUAGACUGUGUUGCUCUUGGCCAGGUAGAUGCGGUCUGGGACAGAGGUUCAUAUGUCGCACUGGAAGCAGAGUUUCGUCCCCGUUAUGCAGAUUACAUGGCUUCAGUGGUCAAACCUGGAGGUCGUCUUUUGAUGGAGACAUAUGACUAUGUGCAGGCUGAACAUCCUGGUCCACCGUUUUCUACUCCUAAUGACGAAAUCGUUGCUGCUUUUGGAAGCAAUUUCACCGUGGAGUUCUUGAUGAAGGAGGAUAUUCUCAAACUCUUUCAGGAAACACUCGGAUAUAAACUGAGAACAUUUUGCGAUCGAGGCAUGGCAUUGCUAGUUCGGAAUGGCCAUGCUGUUGAAAGUGGCAUGGAAUGAAUGCUCAUGUUCUUCACCCACCCUUGAACUGGUCGAGAGUAGUGUUUCCCCGUAAGAACGAACACUUGCACUAUCUUGAGUCGAUGGUACGUGCCGGAAAGUCUUCACGGAGACGGAAGCAGAGUAAAUUGAGAAACGUAGGAUGUUUGCGAUUCGUAAGAACAGCCAGUAAGAUACUUGACUUAGUAUUCCGAUCAGAGUGCUACAAUGUUUGCUGUAUGAAUGCCAUGGAUUUCCUAGCAAUAUUUAACCUAUAGAGCCCCACAUUCUCACACAGCUUUUCAUACAGCGCUACAAGACCCACCCUCUCCUGGCAUAUAUACCCGCAUGGUCGGCACCCCAUCCUCAUGUUGCCUGAUGAUUGCGAGAGCAUGACACUUGAAGUAGCAGCAAACAAGCCUUGAUUGUCCUUGUUGUUCUGUAAUGAUAUAAUUCUGAUUUACCGUGUGUCCAUCCACGGUCCAAUUUAUUGCUACAGCUCAAACAGUGUGUUACUCGCUUUACGUUGACUGUCAGCUGCGAUAGCCUAUCUCUAGUGGAUACUACUAGAUGGCACAUACACAUACACGCGCAUGCAUCGGACCAGUGUGCGCGCGUGUACACACACACACACACGUGUGCAGUGUGCAUGCUACCUUCCUGAUCUUCUCCUCCACACUGCUACUUUCAGCUACUAGUAAUUCAUUCAA